AUGAAUAGUGAAAAUCAAAAUAUAGAAACCUCGUCAACUUCUGAUAAAAAAGAAUACGUGAUCUCCAGCAAAAGAAAACAACUUAAAGCUAAUUCAAUUGCGGCCACUAAUUCAGUUGCAGCUACAAAUUCUAAUCAAAGUGAUCUGUAUAAUAUGGAUCUUGAUCAUGAUAGUGAUUCUUUUGAAGAUUUGCCUCUAGAUUUUUUGCAUGAAGAUAACGUGCAGAUCGACCAAAAUAUAGAAAACGUCGAUGAAUUCAUUAAUAACGAUGGGCUUCUGUACAAUUUAGAUGAGGUGGAAGAGUUAAUAUCUAUCGAUUUCAAGAUGCUGAAAAAUCAAAUGAAUUCAGAUCUGAUUGAAAGUAUUUUCCCAGAAUCUUGGUUAGAUACACAUGAUUUCGAAACUAUUAAAGGAUCUUUUCAUCAACUAAUAAGUGUUGUUGUUCUUCCGUUGGAAUAUCGAUCUUGUUACUACUGGAACGUAUCUAAAAUUUAUCCUAAUAAAAGAAUGAAUAAGUUUACAGGCUGUGUAACUGCAUACCUUGAAUGUGCACAACAUGAUGAUAGGGAUUGGCAAAGAUCUAAUAAUCAACCUAUAAAACGAGUAAGUGAAGCUCGUGCACCUAUUGAAAGAUAUAGCUGCUUUGGAAAAAUAAAACUAACUAUCGAUCCCCAGAAACGGUGUAUUAUUGUUCAAGGAAGUCAUCAACUAGCACAUAAGCAUCCAGAAUAUAGAAAGGUUGAAUUUCCAGUAGCAGCAAAACU